GUAGGAAGCGAGAUUUCGGUCAUUUGCCCAAUGAUUUUUGUGGCGAGGAGGUGGCUGGUUUCGCAUUUUAAAAGACAUUUUAGAAACAUCAUUGGCAUCCAAAAAGACGCAAAGGUGUGUUUCGUCUCGGCAUCUGGCUGUGCUGAUGUGAUGGGUAGCCACAGGAACCAAGGUCAGACGGAGGGUGCCACUUUGGAACGUGUCUACUGUAGAGGGACUCUCACUGAAGUGCUAAAAUAUGGGCCCACGGACCUGUAUGCUGCUGUCAAAAGCCCUAACCCAGCCAGAGCGCUCAUUCUCAUCAUUCCAGGCAACCCGGGUGUUGUGGGAUUUUACAAAACCUUCAUGUGGACGUUGUAUCAGACCUUCAACCGACGAUACCCUGUGUGGGCUGUGAGUCAGGCUGGACAUUGUUCACCUCAAGACACCUUGGACUUAGUUGAAGAUGCAUCAGUGAUGGAGUCGGACGUGUUUGGCCUGAAUGGCCAGAUCGAGCACAAACUGGCCUUCCUCUUCGAGCAUGUGCCCCGAGACAUGCAUGUGGUCCUGAUUGGUCACUCAAUUGGCUGCUACAUUGUGCUGGAGAUGAUGAAGCGAGACCAGGAGUUAAAGGUGCUGAAGUCCAUCAUGCUGUUCCCCACCAUUGAGCGCAUGGCCUGCACCCCCCAGGGCAAGGUCAUGACACCCGUGUUGUGCCAGCUGCGCUACGCUACAUACCUGCCCAUCUUCCUGCUCUCGUUGCUGCCCCGCUGGCUGAAGACCAGCCUGGUGCGGAUGGCACUGCGAGGCUUUCACUCCCUGGACUCAUCCAUUAUCCCAGCAGCUGUCGGCUUGAUCGAUGUGGACUGCGCUGCCAAUGCUAUGUACAUGGGAAGUCAAGAAAUGAAGCUGGUGAAGGAACGAGACAACUCCACCAUUCGGAAGCACCUCCGAAAGAUUAUUUUUUACUACGGAGCCACAGACCACUGGUGCCCUGUGGAGUACUACCAUGAUAUGCGAAAAGACUUUCCAGACGGGGACAUUCGUCUGGCUGAAAGAGAGUUCUGCCACGCGUUUGUCUUAGACACAGGGAAAGAGAUGGCCAACAUAAUAUCAGAGUGGAUCCGUGAUGACCUCAAGGCUCUGUAACCCAGCACUUUGGCUUAUGCAGACUUAAACUGGCCUGGUGUUCCAUGCCCAUUUAUAGGGUUACCAGGCAGACCUUAUCAAGAUAAUUUCAGAGGCCUUCAUUAGGGUGCAGGAACCUGCUGGUUGUCGUUGUACACCCUGUAAAACAUGCACUGUUUAAGUACGUGCGGGACUAAUCUUGCACUUAUUGUGUUAUUUUACAUCACAAGGGCAUGGAAGGUGGACUUUUGAGACAGCAGGGGAAUGCAGCUCUGUCCAAAGGCUAGGCCACAUGUGUCCGGUAAAGCAACAAUCAGGAAUUAUAAAGCACUUAUUUUGUUUUUGUUGCUUAGCACUU